AAUCUUACUCCUGACCAGUUUUUUCAGUAAUAGCUAUGAUUUUGAUGCACUUCUACCUUAAAAAAAGUGUGACAAAGUGACCUGUCACUUUAAAAUAGGGCUGGGGGAGGAGAUGAGAAAGAGAAAACUAGUAGUCAACAUACUGCUAUUCUAAUCAUCUUUUAAGAACUCCAUGAGCUGCAGAGUACAUGGGCUUUUCCACUUGAAAAAAUUGACUACCUUUAAAAUCACCAAUUUCCCAGAAAGACAUAUACAAGAGAGUAAAUCAGACCACAAGCCUUUAGAACAAUUUCUUUUCAGACAAAGUGAAAGCUGAAAGGCUGGAUAAAUGGCAUUUCACUGAAGUUAUAACAUGAUAGCCAAGAAAAGGUGUUGAUUUUCUAUACAGUAAAAUCCAAUUGGCAAGGACAGAAAGCACCAGGUUUCCCAGGCUGAGAAGAGAUAUGCCUGGUUAUCUAAAGUCAUUACAUCUGGCAGCUCCAGCAGAGGCAGAAUGGGAAGUUAUCCAUUACGUUCUGAGGUUGUGUUUGCUCUUUCUGAGGAGGGCUAGGCCUUUCUGGAUUGGGGGGGGCAGAUCUUUCAGGGUGAAGGGAGGGAAUAAUCAGGAAGGAAUAUCAGAAGGAUAUCUUCAGUGCUAUGCAAUGCUAUUUGGCUGUAACUUCUUACUUUACAAAAGUAAACUUCUGGUCAGUCAAUCAGUAUGAAAAUACAAAAAGUCCUUCUUGUUUCUUCCCUAGGACUACACCCUGACCAUGUACUUUCAGCAGUCCUGGAGAGAUAAAAGGCUCUCUUAUUCUGGAAUACCUUUGAAUUUAACUCUGGACAACCGAGUGGCUGACCAGCUCUGGGUGCCGGACACGUAUUUCCAAAAUGACAAGAAAUCAUUUGUUCAUGGGGUGACAGUGAAAAACCGAAUGAUUCGACUCCAUCCAGAUGGGACAGUCCUUUAUGGCCUACGGAUCACAACAACAGCUGCUUGCAUGAUGGAUCUACGCAGAUAUCCUCUGGAUGAACAAAACUGCACACUAGAAAUUGAAAGUUAUGGAUACACUACUGAUGAUAUUGAAUUUUACUGGAAUGGAGGAGAGUCAGCAGUAACAGGAGUUAGUAACAUUGAGCUCCCACAAUUUUCUAUUGUGGAUUACAAGAUGGUAUCAAAGAGAGUGGAAUUUACAACAGGAGCAUAUCCUCGAUUAUCACUCAGCUUCCGGCUUAAAAGAAAUAUUGGAUACUUCAUUUUGCAAACCUAUAUGCCUUCCACGCUGAUCACAAUUCUGUCAUGGGUGUCUUUUUGGAUCAAUUACGAUGCCUCUGCAGCCAGAGUUGCUCUAGGAAUCACGACUGUGCUGACCAUGACCACCAUCAGCACCCACCUCAGGGAGACCUUGCCAAAGAUUCCCUAUGUGAAGGCAAUAGAUAUUUACCUGAUGGGAUGCUUUGUGUUUGUGUUCCUGGCCUUGCUGGAAUAUGCCUUUGUAAACUACAUAUUCUUUGGGAAAGGACCUCAACGUCAAAAAAAGACAGCAGGCAGGGCAGGACAUGCUACAGGCGAGAAGAGCAAACUGGAAACAAAUAGAGUCCAGGUUGAUGCCCAUGGAAACAUGCUUCUCAGACCACUUGAAAUACGAAAUGACGCUGGCAGCUCAGAUGUGUUCACGAGCCUCCGUGACCCCCGAGCCACCACGUACACAUACGACAGUGCCAACCUGCAGUACAGAAGAGCCACUUCCAGCAGAGACCUCUACAACAGGAGUGCUGUGGACAGGCACAGGCUCCAUAAAAAAGGACACUUACGCAGGAGGGCAUCCCAGAUCAAAGUCAAAAUCCCUGAUUUGACUGAUGUUAACCUGAUAGACAAGUGGUCCAGAAUGGUCUUUCCUAUCAUGUUUAUUCUUUUCAAUGUUGUUUACUGGCUGUAUUAUGUCCACUAAAUUAUGCAAUAAUGUUACCACAGACAAACAUAAUUGUUUCUUUUCCUUCUCCAUUUCAUUAACUCUGAAGAAUUGCAGUAGCUAUAAUGUUCCGUGUUCAACGUAAGAUACUCUACCGUGGAACACUUCUAGAUUUAAACUUUUAAGAAAACCAACCCAACACAAAUCCAGGACCACAACAUUUAGAUCAGAAUAGUACAGAUCAGCUCUUAAGGAGCAUCACCCAUGACCUUUUUAUCAAUUUAAUAUUUAUUUUUUUUUAAGUGGAAAAUUUGUCCCACUGUAUUUCUUAUCACAUAUUGGCAGCAUGCUUCCAAACAACACAAACUAUACUAGUAGUAUCUAUGUCACUGUCUUUCACCAUUUAGAGUGUAGAGAAAUUUGAAGAAAUUGCAGCUUAAAAGUUUAUUACUAUUGCACCAUGCUUCACCUCAAACUCAAUAGCUAAAACAGGAAGCAUUUCCAUAGUGUGUUUGAGAAGUAUCACUCAGAGGGAAGUCAAAUAACAUUUUCAGAGGCAGAGAUAUUCAAAAGAAAGAAAGGGUAGCAGAGAGAAAUCCCACCAAAUUUCCAAACAAGGAAUCAGCUGAUUUGAUCUCAAUGGAAUUCUGUUAUUUCCACAAAGUAGCAAAGUUGAUAUUUAUGAGAACAACUGUGCCAUAUGUAAUUUUGUACUAAAAAGUAGAAAACAAACAUAUGCUGACUCCUUGAAGCAACUCUGAUGGAUACUCAAGCCAAAAUUUUUCUUAGCACACAGGUUUCCUGUGGCUGGUAAUUGCAACAUUUUCCCAAAAGCUGAUAGAUGUCUGGGAAUAGAUCUGAGGAAAUAUUUGCACACAGUUUCCUUCAGAUAUUUUUAUUCCACUGAGAACCAGGAGAUGCAGCUGAGUCUUACGGCGCACUGGCAAUGCUGGGUGCACUCCUGAGGAGCUGCUUCUUCAUACCUGGCUGCCUAUUGCCCGACACAACUCCAGCCAAGGAGCCACAGCCAAAGGGCUAGCAACAUCCAUGCAACUGAGAAGCAAUAGGUCAGUCAUCUAUCUAUAUUAAAUCCAUUUUCCUUCCCUACUGCCAAGUGUUUCCUAACAGCACUGACGCUGCCUAACACAGCAUUUUAUUGAAACUAUUAUCAGUUUAUUUUUUUUUUGUAUUGCAGGUGUUUCAUACUUUUAGGAGAGUCAACAUAUACAAACCAACAGAGUCUUUGUAGCUACUGAGGUGAUAUUAUCAAUAGAAACAGGUACAGAAAGAAACACUGGUCAGGACACAAACAAAAAAAGUGAUGUGGAAAAUUUCUUCAGUAGUUCCUCAUUGCCUGGCAGUAAGGUCAGCUGAUGACCUUAUUGCCAACUGACAUUGCAAUCUCUUUAACCAGAACAUAAUAAUAAAUUAAACCCUCCUACAUGUUAUGGUUUGUCACAUUGUGCAAGACUUGAACCUUCUCACAGACCAGGGCCUGCAGGCUUCUGCAGAAUGAGGUAGAAUUACAGAAUCAUUAAACAAGAAAGGGAAUAGGUUAACUUCAUUCACUACAAAAAUUAUAAGGCUGCAAAAUAAUAAUUUGACAUUGCUAAUCUAAGGGAGUCCUUGAAACUAUCCAUUUUUCUGUGGGCUCCAAAGUCCCAGUCUCAUCCCAAGUUCAAUGGAGCACAAUGGUGCCUCAGAUGUCUUCUUUCUGCUGCUACAACCUGUAACCUCCAGUCUACUAAAGAGGGGCACCAUUUUACAAGAUUAAUCAGCCACUAAGUACAACUUCAGGUGAUUCAUGACAAAUAUUAAUUCAUGCAAAUGGCUUUUCUGAAUAAGCUAUGUAUGCCUAUCCCCUCCAUGAAACAACCCCAAAUAAGUUUUAAACAAGAAUCCCACAUGGGACAGUUUGAUUACAUUUUUAAUCACGGUUAAGCAAUGUUUAUAUCAAGAAUAUUCCAGUGGAAACUAACAAUGUUAUUUUGGUAUUGUAAAAUAGAAUACAGAGAACAUAAGGAAGUCUUGCAUACUUAACUUUCCAUAACUGCAAAAAAUAGCACCGGGAGGGAGACAGCAGUAGGACCAUAUGUGCUGUUCACUGCAAACACAUAUCCCAUUAAAUAGUUUUGAAUUCUCUGAACUGGCACAAGACUUUACAGAGUAAGUCCAUGAGCCAUUGAAUUUGCAUGCUUUGUGCUUAUACACAAAAAUUAAUUCAAUUCAAAGAAAGUAACUCAUUCUGCAGACCUAUAGUAUAAAAUACAAUUAUCAGUGACUCAUGUUUGGCAUUACCUGAUUUCCCAAUGAUAUUCACAGACAGAGCUCAUGCAGGUAAUUAAGACUAGCGGAUCCAGUGGUGAAGAGAUACUACAGCCUCUCCUUACCACUGCAGUAAACAUUUUAGAAGAGCCAGCAUCCAACAUGACAUCAAAAAAAAGACUUUAGGUUAAAAAAAAAAGGAUCCUUUGGUUUUGAUUACAAGGGCAAAGGUCACCUUUACUGGUUUUCAGCAUUUUUUUUUUUUUGAAGGCCCCUAACAUUUGCAUAACACAUAUUUUUCUAGUCUGUGGUUCAGCCAGAUACUUCUGGCAUAGUUGAUAAGUACAUGGACUAAAAACAGUUACCUUGUACAGUUCCAAGCAAAAAAAAAAAACAACACAAAUGUAUGGAGCAGAGUAAAAGCCAUUAACGAGAGCGAGGCAAAACUCCUUAAGAACAGCACGUACCAAAAUAGGAGGAUCUAUCCUUCUGCCCCAGGAGGCGUUGAAUACAUGCCAGCUAUCCAAAUCCCAGCCCUGCAGUCCAUUUUGAGCAGCACACACCAAGGCCUGUCUGCAUCGAGAGCUGGAAGCCACAACCCUGAGUCAGGAAACAGCUGCCAGCAUCCAGUGAAAAGUUGGGCAGCAAGGACUAAUAACCCCACCACACACAGAGGCAAGAGCCACUAAUUGUGGGUACAAGUGCUACUGGAGAAAAAAAGCAGAAGAAAACAUUUCUUACCUGAGAGCAAUAGCUUGGCAGCAUGGAAAAGGCAGUGGUUAUUAGUGGCAUGGGAUGGCAAAAUGAGUCCAUUUAUGGGUUACCCAGGUACACUGCCACCUGGAGCUAGAAAUUAUGGAGCACAGAAGAAACAGUUUCUUCCCAUCAACAGGAUGGAGUAAUUUGGCUGGCUUUAUGCAAUAAAGGUGAACAAUGCUGGAAUACUAAGUUGUACUUCAGUAGUUUCCCUACCCUGAGGAACCAGACUUCAAGAUCAGCAUAGAUAAGGUCCUACUGCUAAUUAGGUUUUAGCUAAAUUCCCGUGCAGUUUGUGCAGCUCUCAUGCAAUUUCUACUGGUAGUCGUUUUUGGCUCGUUUUCCUGUGAUGUUGGGUUUCUAAUGUCCCUGAGCACACAUAUUUGUGUGCCUACACAGGAGUCUCUCAACAAUAUUUGAAUCCAUUGAUAAUUUCAACCAAAAGCUGUAAGGAUCUGAGCUACUAUAUUCCUACAAGUUUCAACAAAGCAACUAGGUUAGCAGAGAACAAAGCUCACAUUAAUCCACCCUUCUUCUCUGGCAGAAAGGAGCAUGAUGAACUUCAGCCUUAUUUGACACAGAAAAUAGUCUUUUCAGUGAAACAGGAAUAUUUUUUGACGUUGCGUUGCUUUAUGCUACCACUGAACAGCACAGAGGUUGCUAUUUCAGAAUAUUUGCUGGUUCACCUAGUUCACCCUUACAGGAAACAUUUCCUCCCUUUGUACUGCAAGUGGAGGAUUUCUUGACAUAAAUCAUGAGGAAAGUCACCCAGGGCCUGAGGGCCUUGUUCCACCAGCUGUGUCCCAUCACCAAGGAGCCAGAUCUCAUGAAUUCUCACAUAAUGAGGAUGUGUUGCUAACAUGUCCUUGGGAGUAUUAGUGAAAAUAAAAGGAUGGGAUUUAUCUGUUAUGUAAAAAAUACUUCUAAAAUGGUUUCUGUAAUACAAAGCAUGACCUCUCCACAUGUGUGAUUGUAUGUUUCUUCCUACCUCCAUGAGCAACCAACCACCCUGCAGCCCAGGGAAGGCAAGAGAUCACACAAGAAUAAUGAAUUUCAGCAUGUAAUAAUGCUGAAAUGUAUAUGCACAGAGUGAAACAGUUAAGUCACAAAUAAAAAAUCUGGCAUUUCUUAAAAGAAGACCAAGUGACUGUGGUCUACUCUCAGCCUUGGAGUGCAGAGUUAACUCUAAUUAUGUUGUUUGCUCUUUGACAGAUGUAUUUCUCAAUUAUUUUUUAAGUAAUCUUGAGUCUCCCAGAAUUAUAAAAACAUCAUUUCUUGUCUCAUGCUGGGGUCAAUCUAAGAAAUGGCCUGGUACUCACUCUUUUAUAUGUUUGUGGUUUUUUUGCAAAAUCCAACUGCAUUUGAGUAUCAAUACCAAUGAGGAACUAAAAUAAUUACAUGGCAGCAGAAGCACAUCAUAUUGCUAGAGAUCAUUUCUGACCAAUUUAUUUUAACUCAUCCCUGGCUCUCUGUACCUGCACAGUUUCAUGCAAAAGUAUAAAAUCAAUCACACUGCCAAAAAUGUAAUAAAGAUGGUUUCCUUCAGCAGAUCAUGCAUUUCGGUGAGAACAUCAGCCAUCUCAUCCACAUCUGUGAACACCCCAGUUUCCUUGUUCCUCUCUCUGAAAUGUCAUUUGUGGUUUUGAUCUAGCUGACAACAUAUUACCUGAUCUUUUUAUGAUAUUCAGAGGAAACUUUGAAUGUUGUGCAAUGUAGCUAGCAUUUCUGAGACAAAGCUGGCAAAUCAUCAUUUCAACAAAGAGAUGAAUUAGACUUUGGCAUAGAUAAAGAAUUCAGGAUUGUGUUUUACAAAGGAAGUUAAUACUAUUAACUAUUAUUCUUGUUAAAUGAUCCAGUAUUGCUCCGGCUCCCAUUUAAAACAGUAUCAACAGAAAUAUGGCAGAUCUGAAACCUCUGUCUUCAUCCCCCAACCCCCACCCAAAAAAAAAUACUGUAGGCAUCAAAAAUAAUUGUGUAAUCUAUGAUGCUAGGAAUCCUUCCCCACAGAGAGUCCAUCACCAAAGCAGUUCCUGUGGACUUGUAGCAGUUCCUAGUUAGAAAAAUCACACCUUCCAGUGCCUUUCAUUACUCUAUUACCUAAACUAGCUGAGUAACCCAAUGCUUAAAAAUAGCAAGAGCCUUCUCCAUGUAGUAGUCUCCACACAGGCCUGCAAAAGUCCAAAGAAUUAAUCUUUGUGAUAUGUUCCUCCUUUUCUAGGAGGAAAGGAGUCAUUGGAGUCCAUGGCUAGGAGUCAUUUUGUCUUUCUGGAGAAGCCCUGAAGCAGGGAUGAACUAAAAUUUUACAGAGGAAAGAGCAGAUACCAUCAAAUGUAAUUGAGGUCGGUUUAAAGAAGUAAAAAAAAAAAAAAUACAGACUAUCUUGAUGCACUUAUGAAAGCAUUCUUUAGUACUAGAAGGGUAAAAACCCCUUUACUGUUGAUACAUUUUAUCAAGCAUUAGAAAUAUUAAUUCACAAAUCAAAAUGAUAACAAAAUGUGCAUACUUCAGGAUAGGGUGUUAUUGGUUCUUAAAACCACCUUUCAGAAGAAAGCAUAAUUAUGUCUCAACAUAUUUCCCAUCAGAAAGGCUUGCUUCAGAACUCAGAAAUGUUCUACAGACUUAUUUAGAUCUUUUAAAAAUACAGCUUCUUGGCAUAUAUAAUUGCUUUGUUGCAAAAGCAGUUUUAUAACAAUAGUCAAUUCCAUACUGACAGUUUGCUGUUCAGAUGCAGUUCUGGCUCCCUUUAGCAUACCAAGAUCAAAGCUGACAUGGUUGAUACAAAAAAAAAAAGUUUUUUCUGAAAUCAAGGGAAGAUUUCUGUGAAACAGAAAAGUGCAUUGAAUGCCAGUAGAGGGCAAGUAACAUUUUUAUAAUUCACUUUUAUAUUUUGUAUCAAGAUAUGCUGAUUUUCUGAUUCAAAUUACAGGUCUGUUUAUGCAAUGUGAAUUUCUGUAGGUGCUUUUUACGUGGUGAAAUGAAAACUUCCUGCAGUGUGUCUAUUAUAUUGUAGGUACUGAUUUCAUUAGCUUUUGGUUCAUAAAGCCUCCUGUGCAAAGUUCCGUUUCUGGUGUAAAUUACAUACUCAAGAGGUCUCUCCUUAGUAUCUGCAAAGCCAGAGAGAUGUCUUGAACAUAUUUAUGGUGGUUAGUUUGGUUUGUUUUUUGCCCAUGCUACUGCAGGACCCAAAAGUGAGCUGCUCUGCCAGGUAAAGACUGGGAGAAUAGGAACCCGUGUUCUUGAAUUGGGCCAAAGGGACAUUAUUUCCUGGGAACAAUAUUUGCCAGUUAGUGUGGUGGGAUGUGCAACUUCCAAAGCUAUUCCACAUGCUGUAGCUAGUCAAUUAGAAUGAGCUCACACAUGGAAGAAUGUAGGAGAGUACAGAUAUAGGCAAAUGGAGCAGAUAAGCAAGAACAAAAUUCAGUUCUUUUAUGCUAAUGGGGUGUCUUUUAAACUCUCACACCUUUGGCCUAAUUCUUAGUCACAGGCACAAGUUUCUUUGCAAGUGGGGCUCCUCACACCAUAAACUCUCCUCAGCUUUUGUUACUGAUGCAGCUUUAGUUAACUCUGGUUCCAGCAUACAGUCCCUCCAGGGGCCAUGACAUGUAUGGCAGAGCUUCCCACUCUGUGAAAACCUCUGUGUGGAAACACAGUGCCAACAUCUUUACCCAUCCUGCUGCUCCUCAGCCAGGAGGAAGCACGGCUGGGCACACUUGACAGACAUGCUCUGGGACACGAGCUUCUUUCAGAUGCUUCUGUCCUGUGGAGGUUUGUCCCAUUUGCUGCCUGCUCAUGUCUACCUGCAUUCAGCAAAGUGUAGCUGAAGAUGACACCAGUGUAAUGUGUCUUGUGAAAGCUCUAGCUUUUUGCAUUCAUCUGGUCUGGUACAGUCUCCACAAAUGCCUUACCUGUCACAACAGGAGACCUUGCUUAUUCCAGAAGUAGCUAAUUCUCUGAGCAAAGACAAAAAAAAAGACAUUUUCUGACAGACAAGAGCAAGUUCUCUUCUCCAUUCUUUUUGGUCCUUUUCCUUGCCCUCUGCUGGAGGCCAUUAUGUGCCUUACAUUUCUCUGCAGAGAUGUAAGGUCAGAUGCAUGUUUCAAAUGCAAUGCCAUGUUUUAGCUGCUAGCUCUCAACUACUCAUCAACUGGUGCUCCUGUCCCCCUCUAGCCAUUCACACAGUGUUGUUCUGCCCCCUGUUAGAAACAUAAUUUUGAUGGUUAUAUAAAAAAAACCUGAUUUUCAAUAAAGUCUAACACCUAUAAAGAAAAGCAUCUCUUUGUACAUUUAUUUCUGUCGACAACAGCAGUAUCAGAAACCUGUCUUAUUAAUGCAAAAAACCUUGAAAAAAGAUUUUUCAGCCCUUUUGUGUUCAGUGCUGCAGUACAGGACAGACAAAUAUAGGAUGAUACUACAGACUGAGCACCACCACAGUUCCUUCAUUAGAAAUACAUUAUUACCUAAGUUGCUAGAGAAUUUAAAAUGAAGCUAUGUAAACACUUUAAAUCUACUAGUAAGAAAAAGUCAGAAAUAUUGAAAGUAGCAUCUACAUCUUAAAAAA